ACACUCUUCGGAGGCAGGGCGGAGGAAGACUGGUUAAAGAGGGCGGGCGCGUCGGCGGAGACGCACUUUUUGGCUCGAAUAGUGGAAACAUCCCCGUUUAUCUGCAAAUACAAAUACAGCAGAGAUGGAUGAGAGAAUUUAAUUUGUUUGAUCAGUUUUCACAUUUUUCAUUAAACUGUGGAUGAAAGACGACCAUCAGCAGUCGUUCAGUUCACAUGGGGUUUGUGUUUGGGGCGUCAGUCUGUAUCAUCUCGCAGGGAUGUCCGCACAAGGGUUACUGAACAGCGUCUUCUCGUGUUCCUCAUCGGGCUCUAAAACCCUCGCAAAGAGGAAACUGCACCAGACUCGCAGUUUGGAUUCGGCGCUGGUCAGAAACUGCGGGACGCCCGGAGACGCCGACGGGCAUCGCUCCUUGUGCUGGAGCUCGAGCUCCACAGCUGGAUUUACUAACAGCCAAAGCACUUCAGAAAGCCUCGCCGCGGACCCCAGACUCAAGCCGCGUCUUUCUUCCUCGAGUUUGUCGGCAUCUUCAGACGCUUCGUCGAUCUCCAGUCUUCAUUUCGACUACAGGAGCGGCAAACGCAACGCGUCCAGGGAUUUAUCGCUCAACAUCUCUGGUUCAAGCAACAUCUUCUCACCGAGGAAGUGGCUUCAAAGAAAGUCUCCUCAUUCGGAUGCUCCUCUUUCGCACAAUCUCUGUAAAUCUGAGGGAGAUUUCACCUGUAAGAAAACAGCCGGUCAUAACUUCCACAUGCAGUCGGUUUCCAUUCAGAGUCUGUCGGAGCUGGAGAGAGUCCGGCUGCAGGAGGUCGCUCUGGUCAGACUGAUGAAAGACUUCGAUUUGGGAUGCCAGAUCACCAUCCCCAUCCCCAAAGAUGGCCAGAAGCGGAAAAAGUCACUCCGGAGGAAGCUGGAUUCUUUAUCGAAAGAAAAGAGAGACAAAGAGUCGGAUCCGCAGGCGUUCGGCGUGCCGCUCUCGCAGGUGAUUGUGAACGACCGGCGUCACAAGCAGCUGCAGGAGGAGCUGCAGGAGGAGCAGCGGAGUCCAGCAGACCGAGUCUCUUCACUCCUGCAGCUGACGGGCCGCAGAUCCACCAAUAAGGAGCUUUCCAGCAGUAACUCGUCCCUCAGCUCGUCCUCCGAGACACCCAACGAGGGCACGACACCCGGCACUCCGGAGACGGCGCUGCGCUCACGCAGACGGGGUGGCGUGUCUGUGGACUGCAUCACUGAUCUGGACGACAGUCACUCUCGUCUGCUGGAGGCUCUUCAGCUCUCUAAGCCUGUGGAGUCACACAGCGAGAAGAAGAAGAAGACGAGCGACGCAAAGCUCAGCCUGAAUCCCAUCUACAGACAGGUGCCGCGCGUGCUGGACAGCUGCUGCCAACACCUGCAGAAAUAUGGUCUGCAGACGGUGGGCAUUUUCCGGGUCGGAAGCUCCAAGAAAAGAGUUCGGCAGCUGCGUGAAGCGUUCGAUCAGGGUGCCGAGGUUGUUCUGGACCAGCGGCACAGUGUUCAUGAUGUGGCGGCGCUGCUCAAAGAGUUUCUGAGAGACAUGCCUGAUCCUCUGCUGACCAGAGAACUCUACUCCGCGUUUAUCAGCUGCACGUCUCUAGAUAAGGCAGAUCAGCACACGGUCAUACAGUUACUCAUCUGUCUGCUUCCCGCCUGCAACAGCGACACCCUUCAGUGUUUACUUCACUUCCUGUCCAACGUAGCCAAUCACGCGGAGGAUUCGCGGGACGCUGAUGGAAACGAGGUGAUUGGUAAUAAGAUGACGUCGCUGAACCUGGCCACCAUAUUUGGGCCGAACCUCCUGCACAAGCAGAAGAGCUCAGAGAAGGAGUUCAGCGUUGAGAGUUCGGCGCGGAUGGAGGACAGCGCCGCCAUCAUCAGCGUCGUCCAGCACAUGAUCGACACGCACCAGUCCCUGUUCAUGAUCUCAGCGGAGCUGCAGAACGAGCUUCUGAUGAGUUUGUUGGACACGGACAGUGAUGUGGUGGAUUAUCUGCUGAGGAGGAAAACACCACAGUGUGAAGACGUGAAGAGCUCCAGUGGAGAAAUCUCUCCAUACGAUAACAACUCUCCGGUGCUCUCCGAGUGGUUUCAUCCAUCAGGACCGGAGCAUCAGAGUCCCACAAACCUCCAGCAUGCUCUCGAUAGGAACAACACAGUGAAUUUCUGCCUCUCACCCUCACAAGCCGGCGCUGGGGAAACCAUACAUGAUAAGGCUCGUAUCUGGAGAACACAACACGCUCUUCUGUCAGGACUUCAUGACAAACUCCUCACAGGUUCGGAUGGACACCUUUAUAAGCGCGCCUCCUCUGAUGUCUUCUACGAUGACGACAGCGACACGAAACCUGUGCGCGAGACGCAAGCGUCCCAUACGAACGCCGCUGCUGAAUGUAAAACGCACCUGCAUCCAGUCGCAUCGAGCCGCCAGACUGCAUUUGACCAAUCAGAGGAGGCGACCGCACCUCCCGCCAAACCAGACGACAGACUUCCUGCCGUGUCCAUGCAGCCGCGUGUCACUUCCUGUCAGCAUCCAGACUGGCCGACAGAGAAGUGGCAGAUAUGGCAACUCCUGUCAUCAGACAGCAUAGACACACUUCCAGAGACUAUGGUGUGAAACACACAUUUUAAAGGGACAGUUCACCCAAAAAUUAACUUACUGUCAUCAAAAGAACAUUGGACCCCCAUUGACUUUCAUUGAAUGAGGCAUUUCUCAAAAUAUUUUCUUUUAUGUUCCAAAGAAGAAAGAAAGUCAUACAGGUUUGGAACGAGUGAAGGAUGACAGAAUGAUAAUUUUUUGGUAAACUGUCCCUUUAAGAACCUUCUAGUUUGCAAGUGAAUUUGAAUUGAAUUUGAAAUCGGCCACAACACAGAAUAUUACAUCAGAAUUUGAAAUGGAAUGACAGGAAGCACCAAAAAAUGUUACCACAUUGUUUUCAGAUAAUUGUAUACAAAUAAUUAUUGAUAUGAAAAUU